CUGUUUUUGGGUCUUCUGUUUAAUUGAUUAUUAUGAUUAUGGUUUUCUAGGGGUUGUUCAUGAAUUUUUAGUAUUUGGGUUCUGUUUUGUUUCUGAGAAGAACAAUUCGCAUUAUGUGUAAUGUUCGAAUUCUUUGACAAUCUGCUACUUUUUUCUCAGCAAUUUAAUGAAAAGUCAGGCAUUGGUCUACAUACUACUUCAUCUUUGUUAUUUAGCAGGAAACAGAAUUCUUUGACAAAUUUGUAAAACCCUACUCAAGUUGACUAUCCCGCGAAUAAAGUUGCUGAGGAAUAGGAGAGAGAUUCAGAUAAAGCAAAUGCGGCGAGACAUUGCUAAGCUUCUUGAGACUGGCCAAGAAGCCACAGCUCGCAUUCGGGUAGAGCAUAUAAUAAGAGAAGAGAACAUGAUGGCUGCUCAGGAAAUCCUUGAGCUAUUCUGUGAACUUAUAUCUGUGCGGCUUCCAAUCAUUGAAUCUCAAAGGGAAUGUCCUUUAGACUUGAAAGAAGCUAUAUCUAGUGUCUGCUUUGCUGCACCAAGAUGCGCCGAUCUGCCAGAAUUGCUGCAGGUUCAAAUGCUAUUUGCUUCCAAAUAUGGAAAGGAAUUUGUAGCCGGUGCAACUGAGCUUAUGCCAGAAUGUGGUGUAAAUCGCCAGUUGAUAGAACUCUUAUCUGUUCGUGCUCCUUCACCUGAAAUAAAAUUGAAGCUUCUGAAGGAAAUUGCUGAAGAGCAUGAAUUAGAUUGGGAUCCAGCUGCUUCUGAAACUGAGCUUUUAAAACCACAUGAAGAUUUAUUGAAUGGUCCAACACAAUUUGUUAGUGGGUCUAAGUUGCCCCUUCCAGAAGAGAAACAUGAUGAAGCAUUGAACCCUGUUACUGAUAAUGCCCUUAACAAAGAGCCCGACUCUGAUUCAGACUUUGAAGAAAUAGAUUUUCCUGAAGUUCCUAAAGUGUCUUUACGGCCAAGUGCCAGUGCUGCCUCAGUCCCAGAAAUGCAACCUAUACCUGCUACUGCCCUGCAUAGCAUUGAUCAUGAAUCAUCAUUUCAAUCCAAAAAUCCUGAAAACCUAGUGCAGGGACAUGAUUUAAAAGAUAAGGAUGUAACUGAGGAAAAACCAGUGGUUGCCAAAGACAAUAUGCCCAAUAUUAUUUUAGGUGCCAAGGAAGAAAAACAAUUUUUGCCAUUCAUUUCUCCCCCAUCUGUAGCUUCUAUCCCCCUUCCAACAACUCCAACAACAAAGAUUAACUUGCCUCCUACCUCAAGGACCAAAAGUGAGGCCAAUGUAGAUCUGCAGGAUGUUUUGGCUGCUGCUCAAGCUGCUGCAGAAACUGCUGAGCGUGCAGCAGCAGCAGCUCGUUCAGCAGCUACUCUUGCACAGGCCAGGAUUAGUCAGCUUACCAAGCAAAAUAGUGAGAAGUUCCCUGAGGAUGGUGAUGAUAAUCCAUUUCACGCAGAUAUUCCUAAUCACUCAGCUACUACAGAAAAGCCACUUUUUCAUCAUCAACUCUCUUUUGAUGAUCCCAAUGGUGUAUCAAGCUAUCAGGAUUCACAUCAGUGUCAUGAAGACUGCCAGCCGUCAGAAUUACAUGAUCUUAUUUCCUUGGACAAACUCAAAGUGGAACACAAUUCUUCUAGUGAUCACGUUCAUGAACAAGGUUCUGCUCAUCACCAACCACAGAGAUUGCCUUCAAUGGAUGACGAGUCAUACUUUUCAUACCCUAAUUUGUUUUCAUCUCAGAAUCCAAAUGUUGGAAGCAAUUCUCAAUCAGACAGAUAAUUCCUGUUCGACCCUUGAGCAUUUGAGUUGCUGGCUCUUCAAGCAUGUAUUUUCAGGUCCCUGCCAAUGAGUGGAUUCAGCAUUACGGCACUUGUACUGUACGGUGUUGAUCCUCCAUUAUUUUAUUUACAAAGUAACGAGGUGCUUAGUUCUUAUAUAGUCCAAGUGUAAUACAGUUAUGGCUGCCAAAGUUCAUCAAGGCUUUGAACAAGGAAACUUAUACAAUAGCUGAGAAGCAAUCUGAAUGGUUUGUUGUGUGAUUUGUUGAUGAGGUUUAGCAUUUCUGUACAAAGCAGCUUUAAUUUGCUAAUAAAUUUCCUCUCUUUGAAAA